CAAAACAGAUGAACCUGGUAGCUGAAUGGAGCUUUGGCACUCUCUAAACCACCGACAAAAGGACAAUGUGUCUGUCAGAGUUAAGUUAUAGAAAGUCAUUUUUUAGACUGUUCAGGCUUUUUACAGUCACGGCAUAUUUUUCCGGCUCGUCGUGUUUUGGUCCUUAUGUGGUUCUCCCACCCAGAAGCUCAGAUGUGAAGGUGGUUGGUCCUCUGUAUGCGAAUGUUGGUGAAGACCUGGUCCUUCCCUGCUCUGUUAAACCCAGUGGGAAUGCUGAGGGGAUAACAGUGGAGUGGACUAGGGCAGGCAGGAUGGUGCACCAAUAUAAAGACGGCACUGAUAUUUACACCAAUCAAAUGGCGUCUUAUAAGGGCAGAACAUCCCUCUCCAAGAAAGAACUCAAGAAGGGAAAUGCGUCACUACUCCUCAGACAACUGCGAGUUGAAGAUAUAGGAGGCUACACAUGCAAAACAGAGUCUAAAGAGUAUGCACUAGUGAUAGUAGUUGUUAAAGUCGUAGGCUCACAGCCAGUGAUCACUUUGGACAAAGUUGAUGGAGAAGGAUUCAGCUUAUUGUGUCAAUCGGACGGAUGGAUCCCUAACCCAGCAGUUGAUUGGUUGGACGGUGAGGGGAGAAGACUACCAUCUAACAAUGAAGGCUCGUUCUACGAUCAUCUUACAGUAAAACAACGCAUGGAUGUGGACAAGUUGAAAAAGAACAGCACCUUCAUCUGUAGAGUAUCCGGUGAAGACCAAAUGAAGGAGACAAUGUUUCACAUCAAUGAAGGAUGGUUUCAUUUUUGUGACUCUUCAGCACACCGUUCCUUAAUUGCUAAGUGUGUGGCUUGGGUUUUGGCUGCGAUCUGUGUCUGCCUUCUCGCGUCAACGUGUUGCAUAAUUGCAUGUAAAUGAUGCAGCAGAUGUGGCAGGGCCUCCAUGAUUGGACUCACUAAUGUGGCAGGGCCUUCGUGAUUGGCCACACUAAUGUGACAGGAAGAGGGCCUUUGUUCCACCCAUCAGAUGGACUUCCUCUCUCCGUAACCAUUUUUAUUUCGAUUUUACAUAUAUCCUCUAAUGUAAACAUAUACAGUACUUGCAUUUUUACAUUGUAGUCACUAUACAGCUCAUGCUUUCCUUAAAUUCUUUAAUAAAUAUUCUCUCUCAACUGUAACUGUA